AUGAGGUUAACAACGAUUCUAUAUUUCUCAGCCAUAGUAUUUCUACAAGUAUGUAGUUAUAAAAUUCUGGUGUAUUCGAAUUUGAUGGGUCAUAGUCAUGUGAAAAUGUUGGGAAGUGUUGCUGAUGUUUUGACCGAGUCUGGGAAUAAUGUGGUGAGUGUUGCAAUUUUCCAAUUAUCAAAGCUCAUAUUGAAUUAUUCCAGACAAUUUUAAUGCCAAUAAUCGAUACAAAUGAGCGCGGAAAAUAUGGAACCAAAAAAACCAAGCAAUUCAUUUUUGUUGAGCCGGACGAAAGCGUUGCAAAUUUUGGAGAACAAAUGAAAGAGUUUCAGAAAAAUAUGUGGAAAGAUGAUAAUACAAAUCCAAUGAAAAUGAUCGAAAAAGCUGGGGAAAUGGCUAGUGUUUUUGGGGGACAAUGUAAAAGUUGGUUCAUUAUUGUCUUUCUGUACCCAAUGGAAUCAUUUUCAGAAGUGCUUCAAUCUACCGAACUCUUGAAUCAAAUCAAAAAUGAAAAAUACGAUUUGGCAAUUGCUGAACCCUUCGAUCUUUGUGCUUAUGCUUUCUUUGAAGCUGUCAAUAUACGAGCACAUGUUGCGGUUUUAGCCUCAAGUCGUUAUGAUCAUGCAAGUGCAGCGUUGGGUCAACCAAUGGCUUCGAGUUAUGUUCCUGGAGUUAUGUCGGGUUUCAGUGAAAAAAUGACCAUGAAGGAGAGACUUUUGAAUACACUUCAAGCUGCGGGAGGUUGGUUUUAUUGGUUUGUGCCGUGUUAGAUCACGAUUUUUUGCAGGAGGUUAUUUCUUUUCGUAUAUUGGAGACUAUGAAUUCGACUUGGCUCGGAAGACGGUGAACAUUAGUCGAUCUUGGCGUGAUGUUCUACCAGAAGCCUCAUUCGUAUUCACAAAUCAAAUUUCAAUUUUGGAUUUUCCUGCGCCAACUUUCGACAAGAUCAUACCAAUCGGUGGAAUAUCAGUGAACACGAAACGUGGAGAAAUGAAAUUGCCUGAAAAAUGGGACAAGAUUUUGAAUAUUCGAAAGAAAAAUGUGUUUAUUUCUUUUGGAUCAAACGCGAAAAGUAUGCACAUGCCAGAUGAUUACAAGUAUGAUUUUUGAAAAAUGAAUUGAAAUUUCUGAUUGAGAUUUUUAGACAAUCAAUCUUAAAUGUUUUUGCUUCGAUGCCAGAUGUAACAUUUAUCUGGAAAUAUGAAAAUGAAAAAGAUACACUAGCUGAUCAUUUGAAAAAUGUUUAUUUGGGAGAAUGGCUACCACAAAACGAACUUUUAGGUAACACAAAAAGGCUUUAAUUAAUUUCAAGGUAUAUUUUCAGCUGACCCACGUUUGAAUGUAUUUGUAACACACGGUGGUUUGGCGAGUACAUGGGAAUUAUCACUUUUGGGAAAACCAUGUGUUAUGAUUCCACUUUUCGCAGAUCAAAACAGAAAUGCAGCAAUGCUUCACAGACACGGAGGAGUCGAAAUAUUGGAAAAGGAACUCCUUGAUGAUUCUGAAAUGAUUGGAAAAACAAUCAAAAAAGUGUUGAAUGAUCCAAUUUAUAAGAAGAAUGCGGAAGCAUUAGCUGAGAAAUUGAACAAUCUUCCGACAAAUCCACGUGAAGUUCUAAUCAAGCAUGUUAAUUUUGCAGCAAAGUUUGGAAAAUUACCAAGUUUGGAUAAUUAUGGAAGACAUUUGUCAAUUGUUGAAUAUUAUCUUAUUGAUAUUUUUGCCAUCAUUUGUGCUGUUUUGUUAGUUGUUUUGUAUAUUUCUUAUAGAAUUUUUAGAUUUGUUUUGGAAAAGUUUUUAUUUAGAAUUAAUCUUUCGAAAAAGAAAAACGACUAA